AGCACAGCGACAGCGACAACGGGAAUUUUUCUACCCAGAUAUUAAUUAAGCAACACAAUGUAGCGUCGUCGCGUUUUGUUGCUGGUACAAACCAGUAAUAUCGACGAAAUUAGAAGUUGUAUCGAUACAAUCCUUUCUUGAUCCGCACUACAAGCCUGUUGUAGGUGGGGGGUCGAGACGACCGACGACUGUAAAGCCAAGCCCAACCAGACGGCCAGCGCGCUACUGGAGGCCAAUACACUACUGGCGCCACUGAUCGGAUCUUUCCCCGCAGUCCGCCACCUAUGGUGGGCGAGCGACCCAGGCAGCUACUACGCUGCGUAGCCAGGAACCAACCAAACACAACACGAAGCCCGCGCACCACAGGGGGUGAAAGUACGCACCCAGCCCACACGACGAAAACGUCUCGAAAGUAGGUGAUCUGCGCCCGGCCGCCAUAGUCUAGUCGGAUCGACGACCCGGCUAGGGUCAGAGCCGCAGUGAUAUCAGACGCGAACUACGAAGGGUGAUGGAGUGAGGUGACACGCCCUGGCGCGGCGAAAAAGCACGCAGCCCGACGACCACCCACAACCAAGCCUGCUGCACAUGUAGCCUAUCCGUAUUGCCACCAAAAUCAGUGAUCUGCGCCCGGCCGCAUAGUCUAUCAAGUUGAUAGGGCUGGGAGUGCAGUGAUAUUAACCUAAGCAAGACGACACAUGGUGGGGCGUGGACUGGUCUAGACGGUAACCCUGCGGACGGCUGGGCCUCGGACAGCAACGACGCGGGGGAGGUUAUCCUUGGGGCGCGCACAAGUCGCGAAGAGUAGCACACAGCAGCUCCAACAGCGUCCAGAGUCAACGUUCGCAAUCAACUAUUUAUCAAAAUUUAAUUUUAAACGCAGACGCUUUACAAAAAUGCGUAAGGCAGACCGAGCAAGAUCUGCAGCAUAGCUAGGUGGUAGCAAAGCGUAAAAGGCUAAAAGGAAAAAAUAAAAAACAAGAAGAAGUUCCUUCUGCUCGUCGCAGCAGAAUUGUUAGACUUUUCAGUUCAACAACCUCUCGAUCAUUUUACAGACUUUUAGAAGCUUCAACAUUUUACUCACAACAGAAGCAGUGUCACCACAACCUACGCAUUUUCAGCAGACUUCUUGUACGACAGAACAGACUUUUUAACUUUUCAACAGAAACACUUCAAACGACCUUUUCGACAACAAAAAGACUUUAGUUUACGGCUCCCUUUUCACAGAAACAACUUUUCUCAAAAACACGCUUUUUAGUUACGACCACUUCUAUGUAUUUUUUCCCUUUUCGCGAGCCUUCCUCUGUUUUAGUUUUUCUUGGAGUUUAAGGCUCUCAGCAGAAGUCAGUUUUUCUAAGACGGGUGCCAAAGCAGCUCCGUCACGUUGUGCUUUUUAUUGAAAUAGCGCUAGACACAUGAGAAGAAAGAACAACUUUCAACCGGUUCCAUGUGACCACUCGCAACAAACAAACAAACAGAAGUUGUAUCGAUACAGCCCUUUCUUGAUCCGCACUACAAGCCUGUUGUAGGUAGUAACAACCUGAGUUCCGCGAUCCCGUCGGAAAACACGAAGGCGCGCUGCUUUGGAACUUUAAAAAGCUGCCGCGCCACUUCAAAAAAAAGCUCGGCGUCGCUCUUGUGGCGCGGCUUUUCCUUUUGGUAAAUAAAAGCGAAUAGAUGAGAACUGCUGAGCACGUGUUGGCGACGCCACUGCUCUCAAAUACGCCCGUAAAGCGGCGCCGUUCCUUUUGUGCCCCUGGCUCAUAUGCUUUGCCGCAUGAGUUCCAGGGGCCGGGCAGAGUCAAGAAUCGCCGCUAUUCACCGGCGCCCGAGCUGGUUCCAUGCUUGGGCCUGCGUGGCAUGCGCCAGCCACAGCCGUAGUAGGACUGUUUUGGGCGGGGGCUGCCGCUGCAGAGCGGGGAUGCUACUACACCCAUGAAACCGUAUGUAGGUGGCCCUGCGUUCUAGAUGGGGUAGUCAGUAGACUCAGACCAGUAAAAGGCUCAGUUAGAAGUAGGGGAGCCUCCGUCUCGAGGUUUAGAUAGUUUUCCCGGUCACCAGAGGGGACGAGGACCAGACCGCGCAUCAUGCUGCGCGCUCGUAUUGUGUCAUCGAUCUUAGAGGGGAGGGCCCUAGGAAGAUCGCAGCACCAGGCGCGGGCCCGCACAUUUUCAAAUGGAAGCAUGGGCGGGAUGUAUCGGCGAUGGGGAGGCCGCAGGAGCCGCCGACCGCGCUCGUAUGCGAUUCGUAUUGCUCCGAUUGCUCGUAUUGGUCGCCUCGUAUUGACCCUGGAACCUUAUAAAAUUCGCUGUUAGAAGUUGUAUCGAUACAACCCUUUCUUGAUCCGCACUACAAGCCUGUUGUAGGUAGUAACAACCUGGGUAAAGAUGUAGAUAUUUUUCAAAAACCUGCUUCGCUCGUCCCCGUCCAGCCUUCGCAGAUCAUUCCACAAGUCGCACCGUAGUUUUCAGUCCCCAAGGAACCUGUACGCGAGUCUCCGUUCUUCCGCAAGCAUCAACAUGGCGUCGUCCUCUUCCCUCUUUCCCCCGCAGCCCUUCGUGUCCACCUCCGGCGGAGCAACCUCUUCUACAACUGCGGGAGGCCAGGACGUCGUGCACGGGCAGCAGGAGCGGGUAGCUGCUGCUGGGGUUCUUGCUGCUUCGUCCUCGUCUUCAGCCAUGCAGCCUGGUGUUCUUGCUCCUCCUCUCAGUGUAGUCGAUUUGCUUCCCGACCAGGUGUGGGUGGAGUACAUCAUUCUUUUUUUGAAUAUCAAGGAGAUCGGGCAAUUGGCCAAGACGUGCAAGAUUUUGAACAAUUUGAUUCUGAACGAGCCCUUCGUCUGGCAGAUGGUCGCUAGCGUGCAAGUAAAAUCCUCCUUCAACAAGGGGUUUGAGAUUUUCGUGGGCGCGAUCGAUUCCCCGACGGCGCAGCUGCAACAUGACCACCAGAACGGCGCGGAAAGCAUCAUUUCCAAUUGGCAAAAGGUGGUGCUCAUGUCAAAUGCCAAGCUUCUCACGAGCACCAAAGGCGUCGAACUACUCCGGCUUAUGGCGUCAACGGCGGCUACUUCCGGGGCGACGGCGCGAAGUGGCAUUCGAGAUGAAAGUGAUGUAAAUUCUACCAACUUGUUCGCGGCAGGACAACUAGAACCAAACCAGAUGAAGGCAAUAAACGGUGGGCAACAAGCCGCGCAUGCGCAAGAGCCACCACGUCCGACGUUAGAUUCGCGCAUCGAAGAGCUGCUGCGAAACGGGCCCCCAAAAUCUGACUCGAACCAGGGAACAGAACUGCUACGCGGGAAAAUAAAAGAACAUCAUAGCAGUAGUACAGAAGGCGUAGGCUUUACUGCUGGAGGAGAAGGAACCUCCUCGUCUCCAGCUUACGAUCCGGCGUACAUCGCCGAAAUUGUUGCCGAUUUGGAGGAAGCGGACGCAAGCUUGAACGAUAAGAACCAGCGGGAUAUCGGCUCCAGACCCUCAGGUAUGCAAGAAAAAAACUGUGUAAGUGUAAGUUUCUUGGUGGAAUAGCAUCACAAGUUUGCUCUGCAUGAAACAGAAAACCUGUCAUGCAUAGCUAGUACUUGAAAACACGUACGAAAAGAGCCUAUGAUGCAUGUCCAGCAUGACAAGUGUAACAGUUUUGCAUUUUCUGCAACACAAAGUUACACUUACACAGUUUUGUUCUUGGAUAUCAGGUAGCGGUAGUUCAUCCGCCGCUUCGUCGAUGUUGACGGCGCGCAGCGACGCGUCUAGUAGUUCGAGCUCCGGGUUGGGGUUCGCUUUCGCGCCAGGGGAAGGCAGGGUGUCGAGCCAGGUACAACUGCAGCAGCAGCCGGCGUCCAAACGCCCAAAACACCUAGCGGAUGAUGUUGACGCGACCAAGGAGGAUUUGUCUUCUGCUCCGGCGAUAAACCACGUCGGCCCGCAAGUCGGAGGUGGAUCUGCGUCCUCUUCGUCGACCCGAAAGAUAAAUGGCGCAGUUUUUACACAGGAUCAGGACGCCAACCUAGCUGAACAAGCUUCCAGUUUUGUACAGAAGGCGGAUCGUGCGCAAAAUGCCAGUGCGGAUAUCCACAACAACAAUCCAGGUUCAUCAUAUAUAGGCGCCACAGGAGGUGGCUCAUCGUCGUCGUCUUCUAACUUUGGUGCAAGAGAUAAUUCCAACAUCAUGGAGCAAGGUGGAAUCACAGACCAACACGGAGGACGGGGCGAUCAUGAAACUAAUCGCAAGACUACAUCAAGUGCACGCUUUGCAGAACGAGCAGUCCAACCCCCGCCGAGGAUCCGCAUGCGCGAGGAGCUUCUGCAGCCAACGGGCAUUGACGACUUCGAGACGGGCGCCGCCAAGGAUUUUUUCGCGGGCCACGCACCACACUUGCACUGGCUCGGGGGCACGCGGUUGCUGGCCUUAUCACAAUGAAAAACGCCCCCACCUCCGAACUUGGGAGCAUUUGCAUUGCAAACCUUUCCGACAGAAACACUCGCCCUCUUGCAUCUAGCAGCAUCACAGAUCUCCAAUCGUGAAUAGCGAAGAUGUGUAUUGCGACAGAUCCCAGCAAGAGCGGCGCUUGUCAUGCAAGCAAUGCUAUAUACGCCUAGACCCUGCAUCACAAAGAUUCACACUCCUUUCAUGCAUGACAAAAAGUUUUCAUUUGGAAACGUAGCAUCACAAAUUAUUGCAACUUUGGGGGUGGGGGCAUUUUUCACGGUAAUAGGCCUUCGCCGGAAAUUACUACGCGGACCGGAUCGGGGGCGCGACGCCCAAGGAGCUGCUAUCCAAUGCAAAUGUCUGGGUCUGGAAGAUUGCCAGGUUUGUCAUGCAUAUUUUGCAUGACCAAUGAUGUCUGUGAUGCAUGCCCUAGCAUCACAUAUUUUUAGAGGACUACUUUGCGAUGCCUCUACGGCAUGAGAAAUGCCCUCUCCGCAUAGCACAAACUGGAGUGCUCUUGCUGGUCAUGCAAUACGCAUUUUUUUAGAAUCCAGAGACAGCAUUACAAGAUUAGAAUCUUCCAGACUCAGACACUGUUGCAAUCCAUAGCUGCCGUUCGUGUACGAGAUUGACGUGAAGCAAACCCCGGUCAAAGUGGUCGAGACGGUCAACUACGGUUUGAAAGACCCUGCCACGGACCAGUUUCUCCACGGCACGCCCCACCCACAGAUCAUGGGCGCGGCCAGCAGCGUGUGGCGCGGGAAGGUGGUGUUUUUCGGCUAUCAAAUGCAAAUAUGUCUGGGUCGGGAAAUUUGUGAUGCUGGGUGGCGUAUCAUCAGGAGGCCACAAGUGCUGGCCCAGCAUGACAAGUUUUGGAGCCUCUAGGUGUUGCCUAUUCUGCAUGACAGACUGCGUUUCUGCAUGACAGAAAAGCGGGGCUCUUGUUGGGCAACGUUCAUGACAGAUUUAAGAGUCCUGCCAGACAAGCAUGACAAACAUGCAUUCUUCCAGACCCAGACAUUUUUGCAUUUGAUAUCGGCGGCGGCAGUCCGAUUGACCAAUCGAAGAUCAACAACUGCGUCAGCGUGUUCGAUAUUCGGGAAAAAAGAUGGGAGAGAUUAUGGGGAAUUACAACCACGGAGGUGAACAACCAACCAGCUUUUACUGGCAUUAACCGCAAUGCUCGCUCUGGUGCAACUUCUGCAGAGCAAGCUGCCCUCCGGAGGGCGAAUGGCAGCGGGUCCGUGUCGUUCCAGCCGAACCUCAGCCCGUGUCAGCCGCAGGGCAUUCCGGGCGAAGAUUUCCCGAAGCCGCGGCAAGGCCAGCGUGGGACGGUGUUCCGGGACAAAUUUUUCAUUUUCGGCGGACGCGAGCUGACAAUCGGGAACAACAGAAUUGCCCAGGCAGACGGAACUCUCACGCGCGACAACGGGUGCAGGAACGACCUGUGGAGCUUCAACCUGUUGACGAAGCAAUGGAAGAAGGAACAGCAGGCCGGAGACAUCCCGGCGCCGCGAGUAUGGUACGCUUCGACGGAAGCGACGAACGGGAGGUGGCUGAUCACCGGGGGGAGCUUGUGGGACUAUCAAAUGCAAAAGUGUCUGGGUCUGGAAGGUUAAAACUUGUGAUGCUAACUUUGGACUCUAAAAUAGUCUGUAUUGCAUGACCAGCAAGAGGAGUCGAGUUUGUGCUACGCGGGGAGGGCUUUUGUCAUGCGGAGUAGGCAUCAGGAAACCCUCUAAAAAUUAGUGAUGCUAGGUCGUGCAUUACAGACAUGCUGGGUCAUGCAAAACAUGCAUGACAGGUCUCAGAACCUUCCAGACCCAGACAUUUUUGCAGUUGAUAGGGACUUCAAAAAAACAAAUUCGGAAGAGACGGUGCGCCAGUAUCAGGACUUGUACUGUUUGCAUUUGGCAUCAAAUUAUAGGAACCGAGGUGGUGGACAACUUUCACAGAGCAGUAGUGCAGGAGCUGCGACUUCUACUGGUAGUUCGGGUUUUAACAGUAAUUUUGGCGAAGUUGUAGACCACGGAGAGGACGACCACUACGACUACUACAACUACACCAGCAGCAGCACUUUCGAGGCACGACCUGCUCCAGGGAAGAUGACGAUGAGCGACGAAGUGUCUACUGAGGGCGCAGGACCAGUGUACAUCUGGGAGAAGAUUUCGCUUACCCCAACGACCGACCGGCUGUUUCCGGCCGGGGAUGAGAGAAGUAGUAGUACAACAUCAAGAACAUCAGCUGGGGCGCAAAUAGAAAAUGGGCGCGGUUCUGGCGCGACCGCAGGGUCUACAGGAGCUUCCGCGCAACAGCAACCUACCACGACAAGCCGCUUCCGAAACUUCUUCAACAGCGCGUUCGGCCGCCUGGUGCCGGACCUCACGUACCCCGACUGGGUGACCGCCGGGCAGCUGGUUGCUACCGGCCGGGAACUGCUCUACUUCGGCGGUACGAAGCCGCAGAACAUCGUAUUGAAAGGAAAAAUGCCCCCACCCCCAAACGUGAGAGCAUUUGUAUUGCAAACCUUUCCAAAUGAAACAUCCGCCCGCUUGCAUCUAUCAGCAUCACAGAUUUCCGAUCGUGUAUUGCAAAACAUACCAGCAAGAGCGGCGCUUGUCAUGCAAGCGAUGCGACACACGCCUAGGCUCUGCAUCAGAAAGGUUCAUACUCCUUUCAUGCAUGACAAAAAUUUUUCAUUUGAACACUUCGCAUCACAGAUUUUUGCAACUUUGGGGGUGGGGGCAUUUUUCCUCGCGAUACAUCGGCGAGGAGGGGAUCACGUUUCAAAAGUUGAUGGACGAAUCGGAAGAGACCGGGUGGCCCUGCUGGUACUCGGAUUUGGCAAGAAACGCGUUCGUGUUCGACACGGUCACCAAACAGUGGACCAGUUCGGAAAAAAUGGAAACCAUCUUCCACCGGUCGUGUGAUACUAAAUCCCUGCGCCGCUCGCACUUCGCGGCGUGUUUUGUCCCGACGACGGGGCAGAUCUUCGUGUUCGGUGGUAGUCGGUAUUUCGUCGGGGAAUAUUUCCUAUGCAUUGCAAAAAUGUCUGGGUCUGGAAGAAUGCGAGAUUUGUCAUGCUUGUCUGGCAUGACCAAAAUAAAGUUUGCGAUGCGUGUCCAAGAAGAGACCCUUUUGGUUGUCAUGCAAAAACGCAGUUUGUCAUGCGAAAAACGCAACACAAAGAAGCGCAGAUAUUUCUCAUGCUUGGCUGUGCAUUACAGAGCAUUCAUUAUUCCCAGCGCAGCAUUACAGGUUUCCAGACCCAGACAUUUUUGCAAUCCAUAUUUCCACGACGUCAUCACCCUGGAUUUGCCGCACUCGGAGUUUUCGGGGAAAAAAGACGUGAAUGAGAAGUCGGAAAUCUUUCCGGGAAAACUUUACCUCAAGUGGAAGGGACAGAUCGGGCGGUUGCGGGGGAUUCUGUUCAGCGGGGACAUCACGAAUGACCGCAUGCGCGAUAUUUUUCAGGAAAUCCGGGACAACGAGGAGGCCGACGAGGAGCAAGCCGAGCAGGAGCAGGGAAACGAUCAGAACGUCGUGAGCGAAGAUGAGGAUCACGAAAUGCAGACACCAUCGGACGAUGACGCGCAGUCGGCUGAUGAGGAGGAAAACGCAGAAUUGCGUGCUGGAGUUGGUGGAGACGACGAUGUGGACAUGGGGGAUACGUGAGCGAUGAGCGUUCAUUUACUUUUACAAGAGGGAAAAAAAAGCAGACCACGACUCGAAGACCUUGAAGCUCUUCGAGCGGUGGAGCAGACAAGGAGAAUCCACUUUACAACUUUUCUCCGUCGACUUCUAUCUGAAUUUGAUAUAUUCUCUCCUCAAGAAGGAAACGCGGUUGAAGUCAACAGCGCGGCAAAAAUUGAGAGCGCGUGCUUCUAGCACGCAUCGGUGAUGGCGGAAAAUGCACCCGUCCAAUUCAUCACUAUACAAAUGCAAGUGUACUAUAGUGUUUGAUGAAAAUUUUCUGGACCGAACCAACCGG